AUGCUUGGAGACUUCAUCCGACUCACCGACUACGUGGCCGUGGAGGCUCUCGUCAACCUCACCGUGAGAACCAACGAGAUGUUUCUGAGGGAGCUGCUCAAGCCCAGGAAGGCGGGGCUGUUCGAGACGACGGUCCUCUUCACCGACGAGGGGACAGCGUUCGCGCCGACCUGCGAAGAUAUAAAGGACAUGGUGACCGCAAUCACGGAGGCCGUGAUAAGCACCGUGAACGGGGUGGGCCGAAUCCUGUACUUGCGGCCGUUCAACGAACACGUCGGCACGUCGGUGACGGACGGGCCGAAUAUCCAGGAUAUCGUGAGGGGAUCGCGGGCCUUCCAAAAGACGUCGGCUGAGAUAAGCGGGAAGGUCGAGGCUGAUUUCGCCGAGGCCGAGGAAUACGUGGUAACGUUCGACAGCGUGCGCCCGAUCUUUGAGUACAGCCGCACCUGGGACUUCAGAGCGUACAAGAUGCAGCAGCACAGCGUCACGACGCUGCGGGAGCAGAUGCAGCGCAUCGGGGUCUGGGUGAACGAGCUCGAGAAGAUGCGCGCGCGGCAACCGUGCGGGAUGCUGGAGGUGGAGAGCCGCAAGCUCAAGCAGACGCUGAUCCCCAUGACGGAGGAAAAGAUGGACCAGAUGAAGACCCUCGUGAAGGAUCUGGCCAGGUCAAAGUGCAAGGAGCAGCUGGAGAAGUACAAGUCGCGGCUGGCCACUGUCGCGCAGAAGCCGACGCACCUCAAGGACUUCGCGGGGUAUGUGGAGCAGCUGGAGGCCCUCAAGUCUCAGGAGAAGACGAUCACAAGGAACGCGCAAGUCGUGGAACAGAUGUAUGCGCUCCUGGCCCAGUACGAUGUCAAGGCCCCCUCAGAAGACAUGGUGCAAGUAGACGACUUGCGCACCAUACAGGCGCAAUACCAAGAGAGCAUGGAGUCGGCCAGGGACGAAAAGGAGAAGCGCAUGCCCGACAUGGUGCGUGACCUCGACACUAACAUCGCUCGCCUCAACGACCAGUUGGUGCAGCUGGGAGCAUCUCUGGACGAAGGCGUUUUCGUCGACGCCACGUCCUUUGGAAACACGGGGCUGGUCCUGGCCGAGCUGGAUCGGGUCAAGCAAAGGCUGGCGGCUGUGGACACGCUGGCCAAACAGUACUCGGCUUAUCAGGCUCUUUUUGGAAUUACUGUGUACAGCUACAAGAACCUGAGCAAGGCCCAAGACAAGUACGACCAGAUGGAUGCGCUGUGGCAGACGAUAUCGAGAUGGAACGAGAAAUCCGACUCCUGGAUGAACGACCCUUUCACCUCUGUCGAUGCCGAGGCCGUUAACACCGAGAUGAGCUCUGAGGUGACGUCCAGGCUAAAAGAGGCCACACAAGAGUUCAAGGCGCAGCUUCCGGUCAUCGUGGAGCUGGGUAACCCGGCCAUGAAGCCUAGACAUUGGCAAAAACUGUUCAAGGCUAUGAACCAGCCCUAUUACCCCGAUCUGGUGUUUUCCUUGUCGGAGUUGCUGGAUCACGGGGUCGCUCAGCACGCAGAACUCGUCAACGAGAUCAGCGCAGCUGCCAGCGGAGAGGAGCAGCUCAAGGAAUCCCUUGUUGGCAUCAGCAAGGCGAGAUCUAUGCACAGCACAUCUCGUGGUUGGGAGGAGACGGCCUUCAUCACGCUAAACCAUCGCGAGCAGCCGGGCGUGUUCAUUCUCGGAGGGCUCGAGGAAAUUCUCAUGGUCCUGGAAGACAACCAGGUCACGCUGCAGACCAUGAUGGGCUCGAGAUUCAUCAUGGGUGUCAAGGACGAGGUCGAAGCGUGGGAAAAACGUCUCGGCCUUCUCAACGAGACCCUGGACGAAUGGGUGGCCGUGCAGCGAAAUUGGAUGUACCUCGAAACAAUCUUCUGUGCCGAGGACAUCCAGAAGCAGCUGCCGGACGAGGCGGCCAAGUUUCAGGCGAGUCCUGCUGCGUUCUACUCGAUAGAACAAUGCAAACACCCCCAUGGGCACAACGGUUUAACCGCAGUGGACAAGAUGUGGAAGUCGGUAAUGUUGGCUACCAACAAGGACCCGCUGGUGCUAAGCUGCGUCGGGGAGGGAAAGACGUACCUCGCGGAAUUUCAACAUGCGAACCAGCUGCUGGAGGAGAUUCAGAAAAGCCUCGAGGAGUACUUGGAGACCAAGCGCAUGGCGUUCCCCAGGUUUUUCUUCUUGUCGAACGACGAGCUGCUGGAGAUCCUCUCGCAGACGAGGGACCCCCGCGCGGUGCAGCCACACAUGUCAAAGUGCUUCGACGCCAUCAAGAGCAUUCGCUUCGGCGAUGGCCCUGCAGAACAUGACAUCUUCGGCUUCAUGGUGGAGAAGGCGAUGCGAGACGCACUGUACGACAACGCCAAGAGAGCGGUCAACGAGUACCCCAAGGGCAGGGAUGCCUCCAUCCGCAGGAACGAGUGGCUGUGGGACUACCCAGCUCAGGUGGUCAUCGUCGUUGACGAGGUCAUGUGGACCGGAAACCUCGGGUCUUCCAUCCUGAGGGUGCAGCAGGCCGGCAAAAACGCCUUGCCGGACGAAACCGUUGUCGGGACCGAAAACGCCAAGUCAUUGCUCCUCGAAAAGAUGCCCGAGGGCGAUGACGUCGCCGUCGAAGGCCCGCCGGAGGCCGCGGUGCAGACCUUCCUAGACUACAGCUUGGAGCAGAUCGAGGCUAUGAUCGACCUCGUGAGGGGAGAUCUGGACAAGCAGCAGCGGACGCUGAUGGGAGCGCUAAUCACUAUAGACGUACACGCCCGCGACGUGGUACGGUUCAUGGUGAAAACAAAGGUGUGCUCCGUGUCGGACUUCGAGUGGACGAAGCAGCUGCGGUACUACUGGGAGGAAGCCGCGGACGACGUUGUCGCCCGGCAGACCAACACACGCUUUCUCUACGGUUACGAGUACCUCGGGAAUGGUCCCCGCCUCGUCAUCACGCCUCUCACAGAUAUCUGCUACAUGACGCUAACGGGGGCGCUGCACAUGAGACUGGGAGGCGCCCCCGCCGGCCCCGCCGGAACAGGAAAGACGGAGACGACCAAAGACCUUGCCAAGGCCCUGGCCGUGUACUGUGUGGUCUUCAACUGCUCCGACGGGCUGGACUACAAGAUCAUGGGACGCUUCUUCUCGGGUCUCGCGCAGCAGGGGGCCUGGGCGUGCUUCGACGAGUUCAACCGCAUCGACAUCGAGGUGCUCAGCGUCAUCGCCCAGCAGGUCCUCUCCAUCCAGCAGGCGAUCGUGCAGGACGUCAAGACCUUUGAGUUCGACGGCAACAUGAUCCCGCUCAACAAAGGCGACAAGGCACGUUAUGGUUUCGGCGUGUUCAUCACCAUGAACCCGGGGUACGCCGGUCGUACCGAGCUUCCGGACAACCUCAAGGCUCUGUUCCGGCCUGUGGCAAUGAUGGUGCCGGACUACCGCCUUAUUGCCGAGAUCGUCCUUUUCAGCGAAGGGUUCACGAACGCUCUGCCCUUGUCGAACAAGAUGGCUCAGUUGUACUCGUUGUCCUCCGAGCAGCUAUCCAAGCAGGUGCGGCGCUGUGGAGGGUGGAGCAUGAACUGGUCGGUUCCGUUGAAAUGGACAACCGCGGCCUACGAAGAACAAGACAUUCUUGCAACACAUGAUCUUUCCGUGGGCACGACUCAUGCCCAGGACCAUUACGACUUCGGGAUGCGAGCGGUCAAGUCGGUCCUCGUCGCGGCCGGGCAGCUCAAGCGCAAGGAGCCCGGGUCCAACGAGGACCUCGUCCUCAUCCGCGCCAUGCGCGACUCCAACGUGCCCAAGUUCCUGGAGCACGAUCUGCCCCUCUUUCACGGGAUCGUGUGUGACCUCUUUCCCGGUGUGGUGGUACCUUACGUGGACUACGGGGUCCUCCAGGAGGCCAUCGAAGCGGUCCUCGACGACAAGCAGCUGCAGAAGGUCCCCAGCUUCAUCUCCAAGAUCAUCCAGGUGCACGAGACUCAGCUCGUGCGGCACGGCAUGAUGGUCGUGGGGGAAGCCGGGUCGGGAAAGUCGGCCAACGUCACCGUGCUCGCCAACGCACUCAGCCGGCUGCACUCCGACGGGGUGGAGGACCGGGACGGCUUCUACAAGCAGGUCGACCGGUUGCACCUCAACCCCAAGUCUAUCACGGCAGGUGAGCUGUACGGCGAGUUCAACCUGAUGACGAGCGAGUGGACUGACGGACUCGUCCCAAAGAUGGUUCGGCAGUGCGUGCAGGCCGGUACGGAGGGAUCAGACAACCGUAAAUGGAUAAUCUUCGAUGGGCCGGUGGACGCGGUCUGGAUCGAAAACAUGAACACCGUCCUGGACGAUAACAAGACGCUGUGCUUGGCCAACUCCGAGCGCAUCAAGCUCCCCAUCACGCUGCAUAUGAUGUUCGAGGCGAGAAGAGACAGGCACCUGGAGGCCGGCAUCACUUUCGUUGGUGAAGAAUGCAAGGAAACGGUACCGUCGAACCCUCACAACCUCGCGCAGUCCCUACUGAACCUUCUCGGAUGCAUGCUGGACCCUGCCCAAGGGUUCGACGCUACCCACCCCAACAUUGGCACGCUGCUGAGGCUGGUGUUCGCGUGGGCGUUCGUGUGGAGCGUGGGCGCUAACGUAAACGACACCACCAGACCCAAGCUCGAGGCGUGGGUCGGUGACAACUUCCGGUCGCUGGUGGGUAGCGGGAGUCCCUUCCUUAGAGAUGUGUACGGCAUGGCGGUGGAUCUCAAAACGGCCGAGUUCGUCCCAUGGACCACGCUCAUCGAGCAGUUCGUCUUCGACAAGGACGAGCCGUACUUCAACAUCAUGGUCCCCACCGCCGACACCACGAGGUAUGACUACCUUCUCGCUCGACUCACCCGCGGGGGGCACAAUGUGCUCUACAUGGGAGACACCGGGGUCGGGAAGAGCGUCGUUAUGGAGAAGUAUCUGGAGAAGGCCUCAAACACGGAUGACUUUGUAGCCUACACCAUGAAAUACUCGGCUCAGACCAAACCAACCAAUCUCAAGGACAUGUUCGAGACCAAGCUCGAGAAGAAGCGCAAGACUCUGUUCGGCCCCCCAUCCGGCAAGAAAAUGCUCUUCUUCAUCGACGACCUCAACAUGCCCGCGCUUGAGGUCUACGGGGCUCAACCCCCCAACGAGCUCCUCCGGCAGGCGAUAGACUCCGGCGGGUUCUACGACACCCAAAAACUGUUCUUCAAAGGCAUCAAGGACGUUGUUUUCCUGGCGGCGUGCGCCCCCCCGGGCGGCGGGCGGAACCAAGUCUCCCCGCGGCUACUUCGGCACUUUUCCAUGGUCUGGUUGACGGCUCUGUCCUCGGGUUCCCUUAACCGGAUUUUCCAGGCUAUUCUGGGGGGCUUCCUCCAGGCGAUUGUGCCCCCCCUGAAGGAUCUUACGGAGCCCCUGGUGGCGGCAUCGGUGAAGAUUUACGAGCGCAUCGCAAGCGAGCUGCUUCCGACCCCGGCGAAGAGCCACUACACGUUCAACCUUCGAGACCUUUCGAAGGAGCUCAAAAUAAGUCCGUUUGUGUUCAACGCGCCACACGUUUCCUGGGUCCUUUCGUUCUUGCGUUCGUCCAAGGUUUUCCAAGGCUUGCUAAUGGUGAAGGCGGAACACGCCGACACAAAGGACAAGUUCCUGCGGCUGUGGUGCCACGAAGAGAGUCGCGUCUUCAGGGAUAGGCUAAUUUCCGCUGAAGAUCGGACGUGGUUCAACGGCGCCCUUCAGAGCGUUCUACUGGAAUUCUUGGACGUGGACUGGAAGCCAGACAUGUUCGCUGAGCUGCUUUUCGGGGACUACCUCAACCGCGAGGACAAGGCGUAUCGACCAGUGGAAGACCGUGCGCAGCUGGGAGAGGCCCUUCUGGAGUACCUCGAAGAGUACAACGUUGAGUUCCCCAGUCAGAUGCACCUCGUCUUCUUCGCCGAUGCUGUGGCACACGUUAGCCGAAUCUGCCGCGUCCUCCGGCAACCGAGAGGCAACGCGCUUCUCGUCGGGGUCGGCGGGUCCGGUAGGCAGUCCCUCACGCGCCUCUCAGCGUUCAUCGCGGGUUACAAGUGCGUCAGCAUUGAGAUCACCCGGGGUUACGGCAGCUCGGAAUUCCACGACGACCUAAAGGCGGUUCUGAUGACGGCUGGGGCGGAGAAUGUUCCCACCGUGUUCCUUUUCAGCGACAGUCAGAUCGUGGAGGAGUCCUUCCUUGAGGACUUGAACAAUGUGCUCGGCUCGGGCGAGGUUCCAAACCUUUACGCCGCCGACGAGAUGGAGAAGAUCGUUAGCCUUGUACGACCGCUGGCUAAGGCCGCGGGGAAGCUCGAAACGAGGGAUGCCAUCCUGCAGCACUAUGUGCAGCUGGUCCGGGAGAACCUUCACGUGUGCCUGUGCAUGAGCCCGAUCGGCGCGGGAUUCCGAAAUCGCUGCCGCAUGUUCCCGGCCCUGGUGAACUGCUGCACCGUGGAUUGGUUCAACGCUUGGCCGGAAGAGGCCUUGGCGUCCGUGGCCGAGUACUUCCUGUCGGGUCGAUCAGGACUGGGUAUAGAGCCCUUCGUCGCCCCUCUCGGUGCCAUGGCGGUGGGGAUUCACCGGGCCGUGGAGAGAGAAACCGCCAGGUUCGAAAGGGAGCUGGGUCGAAAGACCUACACCACCCCUACGUCGUACCUGGAGCUUAUCAAGCUGUACCUUGAAAUGCUGGAGACCCAGCGGGAGUCUGUGAGCACCAACGAGAGCCGGUACCGUAACGGUCUCCACAAGCUGGAGGAAACAAAGGAGAUGGUCAACGAACUUCAGGGGACUCUUACGGAGAUGCAGCCUCAGCUGGCCCAGGCCGCCAUCGACACCGAGAUCCUAAUCAAGAAGGUCACGGCCGACCAACUGGCGGCGGACGAGCAGCAGGCCAUCGUCGAGAAGGACGUCGAGGAGGCAAACAAGGUCGCCGCAAACGUGCAGGUCAUCAAGGACGACUGCCAGAAGGACCUGGACGAGGCGAUGCCUGCGUAUUACGCGGCAAUCAAGGCCCUCGACUCGCUGGACAAGAAGAGUAUCCAGGAGAUGAAGAGCUUCACCAACCCUCCUCAGAUGGUUGCCUACACGAUGGAAUCAGUGUGCAUCCUUUUCGGCAGCAAGCCCAACUGGAAGGAGUCGAAGAACCUCAUGUCCAAGAUGACCUUCAUGGACGAGCUCAAGGGCUUCGACAAGGACAACAUCCCCCCGAAGGUUAUCCGGGCCCUCAAAACCUACAUCGAGAACCCCGGAUUCCUGCCAGAGGAGGUUGCCAAGGUCUCUUCGGCCGCCAAGAGCCUCUGCAUGUGGGCCCGGGCGAUGUACACGUACGACAAGGUGGCCAAGAAUAUCGGACCCAAGAAGGAGGCGCUCGCUCAGGCGGAGGGUGAGCUGACUGUUGUCCAGAGCGAGCUCGGGAAGAAGCAGGAGGCGCUCAGAAAGAUCCUCGCGGACGUCGCAGAGUUGAAGGCCACCCUCGCCUCCACCGAGAGAAAAAAAGCCGAGCUAGAGGGACAGGCCCUCAAGACCACGGACCAGCUCAAGCGGGCGGAGCAGCUCAUCGGAGGCCUGGGGGACGAGAGAGAGCGGUGGCAGGAGUCAGCCGACCGCCUGUCGAAGGAUAUUAAGAACCUCGUCGGCAACGUCAUGCUCGCCUCAGGUUGCCUCGCCUACCUCGGUCCCUUCACCAGCCAAUUCCGGAAGGACAUGGCGUCCGGUUGGGUGAAGCUCUGCAAGGAGCGAUCCAUCCCUGUUGCCGACGACUUUUCCCUGGAAGGCGUUCUCGCGGAGCCGGUAACGGUAAGGCAGUGGCAGCUCAUGGGCCUCCCCGCCGACGAGUUUUCGACAGAGAAUGGGAUGCUGACCACGAUGGGACGACGUUGGCCGUUGAUGAUUGACCCCCAGGGGCAGGCGAACCGUUGGAUUCGCAGCAUGUACGCCGACGCCAAUCUCCAGGUAAUCAAACUCACUGAGAAGGCUUUCCUUCGUACCCUCGAAAACGGAAUCCGAUACGGGGCCCCCGUUCUGCUGGAGAACGUGAAGGAAGAACUGGACCCUGGGCUGGAGCCCGUGUUGCUCAAACAGGUGUUCAAGAGAGGUGGGCAGGUACUGCUGCGGCUGGGGGACACGGACGUGCCCUACAGCGACGAGUUUAGAUUCUUCGUGACGACAAAGCUGGCCAACCCGCACUACAUGCCCGAAAUUUGUAUCAAGGUGACGAUCAUCAAUUUUACGGUAACAAUGACGGGCCUAGAAGAUCAGCUGCUUGUGGACGUGGUAAAAAACGAGCGACCCGACCUGGAGGCCAAGAAGGACGAACUGGUGGUGAACAUCGCCAACGACCAGAGGACUUUAAAGGAGAUCGAGAACAAGAUUCUCUACAUGCUCGUCAAUGCCUCAGGAAACAUCCUGGACGACGAAGACCUGAUUGACGCGCUGUCCCAGUCGAAGGUGACCUCCAAGGCCAUCAACGAGCGCCUUACGGAGGCGGAGCACACGACCAAGGAGAUCAACGACACGCGCGAGGACUACAGGGUUGUCGCGACGCGGGGCUCCAUCAUCUACUUUGUCAUCGCGGGUCUGAGCAACGUGGAUCCCAUGUAUCAGUACAGGUGGGUUGUGCUUGACUGCCUGACCUAG